AACGCACGUGCGGUAGAGAAAAGCGGCUCGGGUAGCGCGGAGCCGAGUAGUGUGCCGCCCCGUGAAAAAGUUGGUCGUCGAUCGUGCCCGUGCUCUCUCUCUCUCUUUCUCUCUUUCUCUCUCUCUUUUUCGAAAUUUAUCAGGAAGAAAAAAAAGUUCGUGGCGCGAUCCCGGUACCGUGAUUUUCGCGAGAAAUAAUCAUUCGUGUUACGUUAAAAUUGCUUGAACUAAAGCAACUCGAGGGAAUUUGUCGACGAGGAAUGGCACUGGGCGCUCAGAUCGAGGCAUCCGGGGAAAACGGGAGCGUGAAAAUACCCUUGCUGAACGGCACCGAGGAUCGAAACGCGACCGAAGUGAAGCAGAACGGUGAAGAAAGCGGUAGCACGAGUACGAUCGCAGAGAAUGUUGUAGAAAAGGGCGAGGUUGAAGCUACGAAGGAAGGGGAGAAGGAAAAGGAUACAAAGGAUGAAAAGCUUGAUAAGGAACAAGACAAGGAUAAAGAGAAAGAUGCGGUCAACGAGCAAGAGGUUGUUUAUAUCCAAGAUAUGGGAUUUACUGUUAAAAUCGUUAGCCCUGGCGCCGAGCCAUUCGAUAUUCAGGUGUCCAGCAUGGAAUUGGUACAGGAAAUUCACCAAUUACUUAUGGAUCGCGAGGACACUUGUCAUCGUACCUGUUUCUCCCUUCAACUCGACGGGAACACACUGGAUAACUUCGCAGAGUUGAAAAAUAUCGAGGGCCUAAAAGAAGGUUCUAUUAUUAAGGUCGUCGAAGAACCUUACACGAUGCGGGAAGCUCGUAUACACGUGCGACACGUUCGAGACUUGUUGAAAUCCGUAGAUCCUACAGACGCUUAUAACGGCGUUGAAUGUAGUAGUUUAUCGUUCCUAAACGUUGUUACCAAUGGCGAUAUUCUAGAGAAAAAGAAAACGCGAGCGGAUUCGGUCGAUUGCACUCCACCGGAUUACAUUAUACCUGGUUGUAAAGAUAGGCCUUUAUUGCCUUUGCAACCUCAAGCUAAAGAACAAAAAUGUCCACCAUGCCUAAAAGUGUUAACAACGUCCGGGUGGAAUCCACCCCCAGGUCACAGAAAAUUACAUGGUGAUCUUCUAUACUUACACGUUAUAACUCUGGAAGAUAAGCAGUAUUAUUUAACGGCCUGUGCUAGGGGUUUCUUUGUUAAUCAGUCAACAAAGGAGAUAUUUAAUCCAAAACCAGCAACGCCGAGUCAUCUGUGCCAUAGCUUGAUCGAGUUGUUGAACCAAUUGAGUCCAGCUUUCAAGCGAGGCUUCGCUGCCAUGCAGAGACGGAGAACGCAGAGACAUCCUUUCGAAAGAGUUGCGACACCUUAUCAACUAUAUGCAUGGAGUGCUCCACAAACCGAGCACACUAUUGACGCUAUACGUGCCGAGGACACUUUCUCAUCAAAAUUAGGCUACGAAGAACACAUCCCAGGACAAACACGAGAUUGGAACGAAGAAUUGCAAACUACCAGAGAAUUACCUCGCAAAAAUUUGCCUGAGAGAUUAUUAAGAGAACGCGCCAUUUUCAAGGUUCACAGUGAUUUUGUUGCUGCAGCGACUCGAGGCGCGGUAGCUGUAAUCGAUGGCAAUGUCAUGGCUAUAAAUCCGGGCGAGGAAGCAAAGAUGCAAAUGUUUAUUUGGAACAACAUUUUUUUCUCUUUAGGCUUUGAUGUACGAGAUCAUUACAAGGAACUCGGAGGUGAUGCUGCCGCUUUCGUUGCUCCUCGUAAUGACUUGCAAGGCGUUAGAGUUUACGCUGCUGUUGAUUUACUUGGACUCUAUACUCUUGGCACAGUUGUUAUCGAUUAUAGAGGCUACCGUGUUACUGCUCAAUCUAUUAUCCCAGGAAUCUUAGAACGCGAACAAGAACAAUCUGUUGUAUAUGGUUCUAUAGAUUUUGGGAAAACCGUUCUUACACAUCCGAAAUAUAUUGAAUUGUUAAACAAAGCUGGACAACAAUUAAAAAUAUUGCCUCAUAAAGUAAUUAACGACACUGGAGAGGAAGUUGAACUUUGUAGUAGUGUGGAAUGUAAGGGUAUCAUUGGAAAUGAUUCUCGACAUUAUGUUCUAGAUUUACUAAGGACUUUUCCGCCCGAUGUUAAUUUCUUAAGAUUGGAAGGCGUUGAAUUAAGUAAGGAAGCAAGGGCAUUAGGAUUUCCUAUUGAACAUAAACACAAAUUGGCUUGUCUUCGUCAAGAAUUAAUCGAUUCCUUCGUGGAAGCUAGGUAUGUUCAAUUCAUCAAACAUGCUGCUGUUCAUCUUCAACAACUUACAUCCGCUCGGAAGUCUCAGAAAGAAAAAGAAUCUUCCUCAAAGGAAAAUAAAAAAGAAGAAGCAAAUGCUGUGGCAAUUGACAGUAAUAAAGAAGUCUCAGCUCAGUCUCUAAUUGAGGCUGAUGAAGCUAAAAAAAUUGUUGAGAGCAUUACUGAUUCUAUAACAGGAGGUGAAAAACAAGAAUUGGAAGAAAGUACUAAAGAAAUAGUUCGUAGAGCUGCAGCAGCUGUUGGAAGUUUACGAGAUGCGGAAUUUGAUGUAAGAUUUAAUCCGGAUGUUUUCUCGCCUGGAGUGCGUCAUCCAGAUCCAAAUGGCGUUGCGUUGAAGAAACAAAAACAAUUAGUCAAAGAUGCUGCAGAUUUUCUCUUGACCAUACAACUCCCAACUUUCAUUCGAGAAUGUUUAGAUCAUACGGCUGCUGCCAUGGAUGGUAGCACUUUAAUAGAAGCUCUACAUGGUAGAGGUAUUAACGUUCGUUAUCUUGGAAAAUUAGCGGUCAUGUUAGCUGCAGUACCUCAAUUACGAUAUCUCAAUCGUAUUGCCGUUUCAGAACUUAUUUUACGUUCAGCAAAACAUAUUUUUACAUCUUAUAUGCAGGGUACAGAAUUAAUGAGUCUCUCGGCAGCUAUCAGUCAUUUCUUAAAUUGUUUGCUAUCUUCAGCACAAAUCAUACAUCCUCAACAAAAUCUUGAAGAAUUGCAAAGCAAAACAGCAAAAAGACGUAAUAAAAGAAAAGGUAGAAACAAUGGACCACAACAGUCGGAAGUUGAAUGGGCAUCUUUGACACCAAAAUCACUUUGGCAACAAAUUAAAGCAGACCUGAAGAGUUAUUACGAUUGGGAAACACCAACCCCGGAAUCAUUGGAUGCUACGAUCGAACAUUUCCAUUUGCAAAAGAUUUCUUUGCUUCGUGGUUUUUGCAUAAAAACGGGUAUUCAGAUAUUACUUCGUGAAUACAAUUUUGAAAAUAGAAAUAGAGCCACGUUCUUUGAGGAAGACAUCUUGAAUAUAUUUCCUGUUGUUAAACAUAUCAAUCCUAGGGCUAGUGAUGCUUAUAAUUUUUAUACAACUGGACAGAGCAAGAUUCAACAAGGUUAUUUGAAGGAUGGAUAUGAAUUAAUUAGUGAAGCAUUAAAUUUAUUGAACAAUGUUUAUGGAGCCAUGCAUCCUGAAAUUGCACAAUGCCUUAGAAUGCUUGCAAGGUUGAAUUACAUAAUGGGAGAUCAUGGAGAAGCGUUAGCAACCCAACAAAAAGCUGUACUUAUGUCAGAAAGAGUGAAUGGUAUAGAUCAUCCAUAUACUAUCACAGAAUAUAUUCAUCUCGCAUUAUAUUCUUUUGCAAAUGGUCAAGUCUCCGUGUCGUUACGAUUACUAUAUAGAGCACGUUAUCUCGCAUUGUUAGUUUGUGGAGAAGAUCAUCCAGAAGUAGCUCUUCUUGAUAGUAACAUUUCUUUAAUAUUACAUGCCGUUGGAGAGUAUGAAUUAUCGCUUAGAUUCUUGGAACAUGCUCUGGAUUUAAAUCUUCGUUAUCAUGGUCCGCGUUCUUUAAAAGUAGCAGUAUCCUAUCAUCUUGUUGCAAGGACCCAAUCAUGUAUGGGUGAUUUCCGUGCAGCCUUAAACAAUGAAAAGGAAACUUAUGCAAUUUAUAAACAACAAUUAGGCGAAGAUCAUGAAAAAACAAAAGAAAGUAGUGAUUGUCUGAGACAUCUUACGCAACAAGCUGUGGUAUUACAAAAGAAGAUGAAUGAAAUUUACACGGGAAAGUCAGGAGUUACAUUGCCACCUAUUCAGGUGCAACCACCGAGCAUGGGUUCGGUUCUCGACAUGUUGAAUGUUAUAAAUGGUAUUCUUUUUGUACAAAUCAGUCAACAAGAUAUUGAAAAUUUCAAAGCAGAGAUUGAAAAGCGACAGAAAGAACAAUCGCCAGAUAACGAAAGCAAAGCUAUCGAAGCUACUGAAAGCAAAAAGAACGAGAAGGAGAAUCGGAAAGUUGAACAAAAGUCAGAAGGAAAAAAGCUAGAAGAGACUAAAGCAACAUUAGAACCGGUCAUGGCAGAAAGCUGAGCUUUUUGUGCGCGUACAGAGAUAGAAAGAGUUAGUAGUAUCAUUUUCAAAUCCUAGUCUCUCUCAUCAUGCCCGCGUUUGUCCUUCCGAAAGGUAACGCUUAUACGAACACAUAUACGAUUGGAAUAAAAUCGGAGUGGGGCAGUGUCUUUGUAAUAGGAUUGUCAAAUAGUGCAUUAUAUUUGUUUAUAGUGCUAUAAUGUUGGAACUUUUGCAGUGCAGUGUUUCAAAGUCGUAAUCAAUAUGUGGGAAGGAACGCAUUUGCAAAAAAAAAAAAAACACAUACUUUCAUCAAAUCUGUGACAUUCAUUCUUUAAAAUGUUGCAGAUUUUACUUAGCCCUUCUAUAUCAUAAUCACAUACAAUAAACAAAUUGAAUUGUUGUUUGAUGUAAAUAACGUUCAAAGAGAUCUUAUCUCUUACAAGGAGAAAAUUUACCAAUGUGGUAAAUUCAUUUGAUAGAUAUAAAAGAAGGUCUACGUGUAAUUGAAAAAUUCAUUGAAAUCGAAGAACAAGAAGUUUUCAUAAUUGCAAAGCAUUUUUCUAAGGCCUCGAAUAUUUAUACUUUCAUCAUGGCAAAACUAUAUCGUAACAUAUACACGCGCGCGCACGAACAUGUACUCACACAGAUGCAUCAAAUUUUGAUUAUUUGUUGAUUUAUUUUGUCUUACUUUUAAUGUUCUUUAUAUUAGUGAUUGUUUGUGAGAGGAGAUUUAACGAAAAUGUUAAGACAGUGUUUGUAUUUUUUUUUUUUUUUCUUUUUUUUUUAAUGAACUAUGAAUGUUCAUUGACACGUUAUUAACAUGUAAGUCAUUUGUUUUCUCUUUUUUAUAGUUAUACAUAGUAUACUUCAUUAGUAUAUUUUGAAAAGUGAUCAUUUUGUGUCAUAAAAAUACACGUAUAUUGUGUUUCAUUCUUGUUACCAAUGAUAAAGAAAUGUAUAAUGCCAUUUUACACUCGUAUAUCAUGAAAUUUUACUUAGUUAGAUUUCAUUAAAUUCGCAUUAAAGGGCUUCCUGAUCAUUAUUUUUUAAAUUCAUUUACUUCUGUGAAAAUAUUGAACAUUAUAAAUAAUGCAUUUGCCUUUUAAUAUGCAUAGAAUAAAUAAUAAUGAGAAACGUGACAUAAUGGCACCUACAUUAUUACAUUUGUAAUCAUCUACAUACAAAUGCAACUCAUUAGUCAAAUUACUGCUAGAGUAGCAUUAGUUUAAUAUAAUCAUUAGUUAUACCAUAAGUAAUGCUAAGAUAUCAGUGAUUAUUACAAAGGUGUUAAUAUUUUUUUUUUCUCUAUUACAUGGAUCAAAAACAUCUCUUCAAAAAAAUAUAUAUAUCAUAUUUCAGCUUUGUUUUUAGAAUCGUUAUGAUUGAAACAGACUAGCUUCAAAAUAUUAGAAGUUACCAUGAAAAACGAAACAGACUGUUUUAUUGCGAUAUAAAUAGUAAAUAAAAAUAGUAUUUAGAUGCAUAAAGAAUCAUGUCUAUUAACAGUAGUGAAAGAACUGAAUGAGCGAUUUAUUAUCAUGCCAUAUAUAAUUUUAAAACUUUACUCCCUACAAAAUGUAUAACACUGAUUAAACUGAACUGUACGAUAAAGAAACUUUAGUCUAUAAGUAUUUGAUUAUAAAUAAAGUUAAAUACUUGAUUUAGA